AUGCCUAUCAAACAUGCUAAAUGUGCUUCCCUUGCCUUUUCAGGCUUUGUUGGUGGCGUAAUUAUCGGUGCCCUCACAUCAAGUCAAUGCUAUCAAUUCUUAUACCCGAGUCACAAUUGCAAUUACUACGAUCCUAAUUAUAGAAAUGAUUGCGAUAUGGAUGUUGCCUCACGCCAAACACUUCGCAGCCUUUUUUCUUGUUCUUCGUCACUUUGCUAUUUACUUUCACCAUCAGUCAGUGGUGCCGAGGCCCAAGAACAACCCUUUCUUUCGAGCCGUUCUUCCUACUCAGAGAGAAAAAUUCCAAAAGAUUCAAAGUCACGCUUUUUAAAAUAUGCUCGACGAGAUGAGGAAACUGGCGAGUAUGUCCAGUAUUUAAAUGACUUUAUAGCGUGCAUGUUGCUGAUGGAGCCAUUAUCCCAGAGCGAUGCAACUUUGUCUCACUCGAACCGCUAUGAUGCGGAUCCAAAGGAGAAGCGUAAUGCAACUCAAACUCUAUCAGACUCAGCUGCAUCUCUCCAGCAAUUUCCACAUAUCGCGCAGACCAGAAUGAAGAACUUCUUUACUACAGUGGAUCUGGAUCAUAAUGGCAAGAUUAACUACGCCGAAUUUGUCAUGCUCUUUACCAUGCUGUCGACGCGGCAUUCCACAUUGCAUCGCGCGUUUCGCUUAUUUGACGAACACAACAACGGGCGACUCAACACGCCAGAAUUAGCACUAUUACUUAACACUAUCAUGGUUGAUCCUGCUGUACAGAUAAGAAACGCAAAAAGAGUCGGUGAUCGGCAAGGGGCUCAGAAGUCUCUCAUUAGUAGUAGUAUAACCCCGACGGGAAUCAGUUCAAGGGAAGCCAACAAACAGGAGGGUGAUGUAGGGCAAUUUGGCCUACAAGUGGAUAGCCCUUCCGGUCGCACAUCCGUUUUUCCGUCGUCGUUCUCCUUUGGAGGGAUCUUCUCCAACAGAAACGAAGAAGCGUUCAAAUUUCUUCCUUCCUUUCCCGCAGGGCCCUCUCGGAGCAAAAACUUAAGCCUCAACUUGCCCUUUUCUUCGGUUGAGAGGAUUGUCUUCGCGCCUUUAUCACGCCACGGACUGGCGCCGCCAGGGUCUGCUCAUCACAAGCCCACCUCCAAGGAAAAGAACUAUCUCAAGGGUCUUGAGGAACUCGUGCGAAUGGAUGCCGAGAAAAGACUCCUCUCGUUUGAUUCCUUCUGGUAUCGUGUGGACUUUCUGAGGUCGGAGCUGCGUGCGAUCGAGUUUGGGAUUUUUGACCCUGAAAACACAGGGUUCAUCCACAGCGAUGAUUUCCAAAAGAUUUUGACACACCAGGUGGAGUUCCGGUCCAUGACAUCAGCGAAGAAGACAGUGUCCGAAAUGGGCAACAAACUCUCUACCAACCCUGAGUCCUCCUCCAGUGAUGCUGGGAAUGGCCCCCUCCCAAAGGUUUCAUGGCAGCUCUACCAGACGAUAUUCGAGAUUAUGCAAGAAUCCGACGCGGUAUCGCACGCUCUUCAACUCACGCUGGAUGCGGAGCCACCCGCGCUGCCGUCUCAGCUCGUUGCGGGCGCGAUUCCGGAGUCCAAGUGGGGGGAAGUUCAUGACCAGAUUAAGCAGCUCACAAGUGAGCUCUACACAGCCAAUGCUAAACAUGCCAAGGCGACCUUGAAAAAACUUGUGCGGCCGACCGGGCUGACGCCCUCACAGUUUAAUCAGGCGCUCCGCUCGUGCGACGACAUACCAAAUAUUACUCCUGAAGAGAGUGAGAUGUUAUUUCAUCUCUUCGAUGUCGAUCACUCAGGAACCAUCACACCCCUGGAGUUUUCGCGUCUGUGUGAAGCGAAGCAAACGUUUUUCGCACCUUAUGUGCCCCGCUUUACUGAAUCUAAACGGAAUAAAAUCCAGCAGUUCUUUCACUGCAUGCAACAACUCGAAUGA